GAUUCGGGCGCCAGGGGCGGGAGAAGGCGCUUGAGAGCGCUGAGGGAAGGUUCCCCCUCGCUUCUCACCUCCUCGGCAGAGAGGCUCUUCGGGACUUCGUCCUCCGUCGGGUUGGAUUCCGGGCAGCUUCCUCUCAGCUCCGUCUCCGCCAGGCACCAGGGUGAGGGGCCAGAGCGAGAGUGAACAUGUCGCUGGCUUCCUGGUUCGGGUGGAAUGAACCCCCCAGUCGCAUUUCUCAGAGGAGCCCAACAGAAAUGGUGGUGGAAACUCUUAUGAUGGAACUCAGCUGGCAGAUCAAGGAAGCUGAGAAGCAGCAGCGGGAACGAGAGAACGAGUACCGCAAGAUAAAGACGGGUGUUGACUAUGGGUGGCUAGUUAGCUACCCCAAGCACAGCUACGAUAUCAGUCCAGGGGAGCGUCUGCAGCUGGAGGAUAUGUGCUCCAAAAUACAUCCCUCCUACUGUGGGCCCGUCAUUAUUAGAUUUCGGCAGCUUGUUUCUGAAUAUGAACCAGAGGUCUCUGAAGUUUCUCGGCUUUUUCGUUCUGUUCUCCAAGAAGCCAUGGAGAAGAGCAAAGAGGAAGAAGAGGCAAAGAAGCUUGCAAGGCAAUGGAACACAAAGCACAAAACCAGCCUCUCUCUCAUGACAUUCAAGUCCCGGGCCAGGAUUCUGCCCUUCAGUAGUGACAUCAAGACCAUUUCGGAAGAUGUUGAGAGGGGCACUGAUCCAGCCAGAAGGGCAUGGAGCAUGCCUGAAUUCAGGAGCACCAAGGACUACUGACUCUAUUUAUAACACUCAGAUUUUGGGAACAGACCAUCUUAUUUAUGUAUUUACUUAUUCAUUUUUGUGUGACUCUUUUUCCUAUGUCCUGUUGUCCCUUCUUUCUUUGUUCUGUGGAGAGUUCACACUGAAUGCUUCUUGGGCUUCUUUUAACCCAUGCACCUCUCUGUGUGUUCCCGUUUUCAUAUGGACUGGCCUCUUAAUAUAAACAGCCAGCUUGGUGCACUAUGGGAUGUGUGACAAACUCCAAACCACUCAACCUAUUUUGCUUUAAACCAAAAGAGAAGCCCAGAAAGUAGCCAGAAAGUAGUUGUGAAAAUCAGCCCCAUGCUUCUGUUUUACCCUCUUUUAUAAACAUCUCUCUUUCUUUUUCUCUCCUGAUGCCCACAGUACUGCAACUGAUGUACAUACUCUCUGGACCACACGCCAUAUCAACCCCAGCCAAACACUGAGCAGCAUAUCAAAGGGUCCACAAACACAAUUGCCAUGCAGCAGAUAGUUAACACAAAAUAGGGUAGAAGGGGAUUUCUGACAAAAACGAGUUAUUUGUCCCUUGUCUGGAAAAAAAUCAGUCCAGUGAAUAUGAUUAGUAUUUGCUAUUGCUAUUGGUCCACAAACAUAAUUGAUUACCCCCUGCCCCCAAUUUGUAUUGUGCUUCUUUUACAUUGAAAUGAAUGGGGUGGAAUUAUGUAAUGAGAACAUAAUUUACGCCCUUAUGUAUGUAAGUAAGUCCUUCUGCCACAAUGGACAGCGAGACAAAGUAAUAUAGCUUUUGGUGGCAUAUGAAUUGCAGUGGAAUGGAAGCUAAGCCUGAUUGGCUACGAUGGGCUACCAAGACCAGCCAAUAUCAAGGUGACCCCUAAGCAUGUUUUUACUCUUUGGGGGCUUUCUGUCCUCAGAAAGCUGUCAUUGCAUGAUUCUAACUAGGCAUAUGCCCCAUCUUAUAAUUGGCCACUUCUGUGUAGACAUGAAAAAUGGGCCCUAUUCUUGGGGUAGGGAGGGAUUAAGAUACCCAUGCAGACACUUCAGUGCUAUUGAUCAUGAGGCUGUACUAUGGAGGGCUUGUGCAAGUGUCUCUGUUUCUUUUUGCCGGUAGCUCUUUAAAGCUAGAAAGAGCUGCUGGCUGUAAUGCCAGGAGGAGAAGCGCUUUGAUGUGCUGUUUCCAUGGUGCAGCUCUAAAGCAGCUGCUGUCACAUUUCAAAUCAGAAUUGGAAAUGUAUUUGAGCUUGUGCAGGAGAACUUUCAGCUGGAUGGUGUUUUUCUUCUCCAUGAGAAGGAAACGUGCUUAUGUUUUCUGAAUGUCAGACACUGUUAUGCAUGAAAUAUGCCCAGUCUGUCUACCUCUGGAUGACAAAUUGCAACCCUGGCAAGAAAGGGCUGGGAUUAUUUGUGAGUAGUUUAAGAUAAAUCCAGAGGAUAACUUUUGAAGAUAGGUCCUUAGCUUAUAGCAACAUAUCUGCUUGGGCCUGACUAUGUAUCUGUACACAAGGCACAAUCCAGACAAAGUUGAAUUCUUUUCAGUUCGUUUAGUUUAAUGCAGAAAUACUUGGAAGCAGGUAUAAAUUUUCUAUUAGAAUGACUGGCUGGCUCAUGCCAUACUAUCUUGUGUAAAUGGUACAAUAGGUUAAUUGACAAAAGAAGCUGCUUAUUUGGCUGUGUUCCACUGGAAACUAAGACUGAGAAUUGACUCUUGAUAUCUGAGCCACCUCAUGAGAAGAGAAGAAUCCUUGGAAAAGACCUUGAUGUUGGGAAAGAUGGAGGGCACUAGGAGAAGGGGACGACAGAGGACGAGAUGGUUGGACAGUGUUCUCGAAGCUACGAACAUGAGUUUGACCAAACUGCGGGAGGCAGUAGAAGACAGGAGUGCCUGGCGUGCUAUGGUCCAUGGGGUCACGAAGAGUCUGACACGACUAAACAACAAACAACAUCUGAGCUAGCUGGUUUCUGAGUUGUGAUUGCUUCCAGGCAACUCUUGUAAGUGAAUGGAGUACUUAAAGGUUCAGAGGAUUUUGUGUUUCAUACUGUAUGCCACUGCCACCUGGACCCUUCAAUUUUUGCUAAGAUUUCUCCUGGAGUGAUUUUGCUAGCUUUUGGGAUCUAUCAUCUAUCUAUCUAUCUAUCUAUCUAUCUAUCUAUCUAUCUAUCUAUCUAUCUAUCUAUCUAUCUAUCUAUCACACACAAACCCACGCAAGAUGGAAAAUUGUGGAUGCACUGUACUAAAGAAUUCACUCUCUCUCUCACACACAAACUUUUCUGAAGACACCAGCAAACUGCAUUAUUUUAAUAUGAAGCAAACUCAGGGUUUCCAAAUCCCAGAUCCAGUUUGAGCUGGACCAUUUAAACUUAGUAGCAGAGACCCAAAAUAUUUUGACAAUUGUACAACUACCAUGCCACUUUCUACACCUAUGAAUAUUUAUUUAUGGAAUUUGUAUACUGCUUUUCCUACGUGAAAAAGAAACUAUGUUUUUAAAAAUACUAAUGUAAGGGCUAACGGUAUUAGCUCU